AUGUCUGGUGCUUUGAAAACCCCUUUCUACGAUCUUCACAAACGUCUUGGUGGGAAGCUUGUGAACUACGCGAACUACUUGUUGCCAAUCUCCUACCCUAGUCAAACCCAUAUUGAAUCACAUCUCCAUGUCCGUUCUAAAGCCGGUAUCUUCGAUGUCAGUCAUAUGUUGCAGCACCGCUUAGUGGGUGCUGAGGCCUCUAAAUUCUUGGAAUCGUUGGUGCCUACUGAUAUUGGGGCCGUCAAGCCUGGAUCAUGUCACUUGAGUACCUUCUUGAACGACAAAGGUGGGGUGGUCGACGAUACCAUCAUCACCAAGGUCGGGGAAAAUGAGAUUUAUUUUGUCAGUAACGGUGCCACCUCCGAUAAAAUCUCUGCUUAUAUCACCGCUGCUUUGAACGAGUUUCAAAACGGUUCCCACGGUUUAAAAUACGAUAAUUUCAAAAAAAGUUUGGUGGCUAUCCAGGGUCCAACCGCCCAUUUACACUUGAGCAAAGCUUUGAAAACCGAUUUGUCCAAGAUUUUCUUUGGUAACCAUUUCUUCUUGGAAAACGGUGAAAAAGUAAUUGGUAAAGGGUUCACCGGUAAUUUCCUGGAAAAUUCCAAUGGACUCUUGGUUUCCAGAUCAGGUUACACCGGGGAAGACGGGUUUGAAUUGAGUAUUCCAAACCCAGAACUCGCCAAUGAAGUUGUCGAGAAACUUCUUCAAGACUCAGAAGUUCAACCAAUUGGUUUGGCGGCUCGUGACUCGCUUCGUUUGGAAGCUGGUAUGUGCUUAUACGGCAAUGAACUAACCGAAGACAUCACUCCUGUUGAAGCCAGUCUCAACUGGAUCAUUUCUAAAUCUCGUCGUACUGCCGAUGCUGGGUUCAAGGGAGCCGAAAAGGUGUUGGCUCAAUUGAACGAUAAGUCACUUGUUCCUUAUAAAAGAGUUGGUUUUACCUUUGAAGGUGGGGCAGCUGCUAGAACCGGAUCCAAAAUCUUUGCCAAUGGUGAAGAAGUUGGGUUUGUUUCCUCUGGCUCUCAAAGUCCAAGUUUGAGUGACGCCACUGGUAAGAAGAUGAAUAUCGGUCAAGGUUUUAUCAAGAUGCCAUUCCACAAGAAGGAAACCGAUAUUGAAAUCCAAGUUAGAAAGAAGACCAUUGCCGGAAAAGUUAAGAAGUUGCCAUUGGUUGAAUCGCAUUACUAUAAACCAGAGUAA